AUGCCGACAUUCGCACGUUCAUUCGACAUUACGAGGUUGACGUUGAUGUUGACGUCCAAGGCAUCGUGCGCAAGACGGGCUCAAACCCCUCUUGUGCGGUUCGCUUGUUCCCUAAGCGCCUCUAUCGAUCCCGAUCGGCCCUUUUGGCUUUCCGCGGAAGAGUCGAAGUCUCUCAACCAGCUCCCGGCGGUCCGCGAACGACAGAAGACCGUCAACGAGCGGAAGCGAAAAUGGGUGGAUCGAAAGACGAAGCUGGAUCGCAUUACCCAGGCCUGUCAAGCUUCGUUUGGUUACCUUAACGCCAGCGCUCUCACUGGUCGUCACCGUCAGCUCCAAGAGAAGCUGAAACACCUCCAGGAUCGGACCCUGGAAGCCAAGCGGAAGUAUAACGCAUCUAUUCGUGAACUACGCAACGAGAAGCAACGACAACGGAAUCGACGCAUCCGAGAGAACCUGGAACGGUACAAGAACGAGCAGCCGGUGAUCGACCUGGAACAGCAGCUGGCUGGGAAGUUGGUAGAUGCGAAAGUGAUGGGCGCUCUCGAGCGGAAGGGGUUCAUGCCCCCACAGCAGAUGCUGAUGAUUGACGCGAUCCUCUCACUGCCGGGGACAACUCUGGAGGCGGAGUAUGAGCGCCGGAUCGAAGCGAUCAAUGUUCGAGGAUGUUCAAUAUUCCCCGGGUAUUGA